AUGAAGAUCCUCGAACCGCAAUCCGCCAUCCUAACGAAUGUGGAAGUACUGGCACAUUUCAGUCUGAACCCACCACGCAGACCUCCCAAUCCACCGCCCAAUUCGCGAAGUUUACCCCUAUUCCAUGACUACGUAACCCGUCUGUCGCCACAUCUCCUCAAUUACCCGAGCUUUAUCCCGCCGAAGCCGGUGGGUGACAAUAACACCAACAAUAAUGAUAAGGAUGAUAAUGAUAAUAACGAAAAUAAUAAUACCAACCGCAAUGGCAAUGGCAAUGACAGGGAAAAUAUAACUACGACCUUACUAUCUCAAACACAGCCGACAGCGCUCGACAAUGCCCUGCGGGAAAUAAUCAGUCGGCUCCGGCCGUUCCAACUUACGAAGGCGGAAGUGCUCAUGAUUGUGAAUCUGGGCAUAGGGUUGGGUGUUAGUGGCGAAACGGGAGACGGGGAAGGGGAGGAUGGCGUCACGAUCACGACUGCCUCUGCUGUUACGGAGGAAAUGGUAGAUGAGAUGGAAGUUGACGGCGGUGCGAGUGGGCAACCAGGAAGAGAUGUAUAUGGAGGUAUUGAUGAGGAAGCUGACUAUGGAGCGCUUGCGUUGCUGGAUACCGUUAUUGAGGAUCGCGAGGAGAGGUUGAGUACUGAGGAUGUUGGGGAGAUACUGAGGAUUGUUAGGGAGACGUUGGGGAAAAAGGGGAAGGGAAAAGGGGGAAGUGCUGCUGCCGGUGUAACGGCGGGGUGA